AUGAAAGAAAUACUAUAUGGGUUAACUAUCAGAGAUAUACGUUCCUUAGCAUUUCAACUGGCUGAAACUAAUAAGUUACCAAACAACUUCAAUAAAGUCAACCAAUUAGCAGGAAAAUCAUGGGUAUAUGGUUUUUUUAAAACACAUCCCAUAUUAUCUCUUAGUACACCCGAAAAAACAUCAGCUAGUCGUGCUCAAGGAUUCAACAAGAUAACUGUUGGUAAAUUUUUUAAUCUAUUAAAUAGUUUGUAUGAAAAAUACCAGUUUUCACCUGAUAAAAUAUUUAACGUUGAUGAAACGGGUCCAAAAAAAACGUCAAAAAUUGUUGGUCAAUGUGGUAAAAAACAGAUCGGUGGUACAUCAGGUGAACGUGGUGUAUUAACAAUUAUUAUUAUGUGCAUGAACGCAGCUGGAAAUUAUAUGCCACCACAUUUUAUUAUACCUCGACAAAGAUCAGUGCCUGCUAUUUUGGAUGAUGCUCCACCUGGAUCUACAGUUUCCUUUCACCCUUCAGGGUGGAUUCAAACUUCUAUAUUUAAUGACUGGUUUGGUGAGUUUUUAUUAUUUUCAAAACCAUCAUUAAAUAAGCCUGUGCUAUUGUUAUUGGAUGGACAUGCCACUCAUGUCAAGAAUAUUGAUUUAAUAAUAAAAGCAAGAGAAAAUUAUGUCCAUUUGUUAUGUUUCCCUCCCCAUACUACACACCGCCUUCAACCACUUGAUGUAUCUUUAAUAUACCCGCUUAGUACAUAUUAUUCAGAGGAAGUGCGAAAGUGGCAUGUAAAUCAUCCUGGUAGAGUGGUUACUAUACAUCAAAUUCCUAAGCUAUUCAAACCAUCAUUUUUGAAAGCAUGUACUAUGCAAACAGCAGUAAAUGGAUUUAAAAAAACAGGAAUUUCCCCAAUUAAUCCAGAUAUAUUUCCAGAGUACAUGUUUGCUCCAGCAGAAACUACGGACAUUCCCAAUGAACCUGAUAAUCCUAAUGCUGAUGCUUUUGCUAAUGCUAAUACUGACUGUGUUAAUUUGACUGGUGAAUUUCAGAAUAAUCAUUGUGAGCAACUGGUUGUGAAUUCUGAAGACUUAAAUGAAAACAACUGUACAAUUUCUAUUGGGGAAAAUCCUGGAACGAGUGGGACUCAAAAAAAUGUAUCAGUUAAUGUUCUAUCGACGAUCCUGACUGGCGGUUGUCGCCUGACACACAGUCCUCGGGAUUGUAGGGUAGGGCAAAUAUUUAAGAAUAACAAAAUUUCGUAUAAAGAGCAUAACAUAUGA